UAAACUCAUAAAAAUUCUUUACAAGUUUGGAUGUAUCUAUGACGGCACCAGGAACAAUUGAAUCAUGUGAAGCAGGAGGAGGCUGCAGGGUUAGUAUCAGCAUUUCCGUGACACCCCUGACUGCAGACGGGAUUUCUGUACAGAAACACAGAGCGGACCCCAAAGACACCAAGACAGAGCCUCCCUGUUGCCAGCUCUAUUCAGAGAACAGAAUAAAAUGCUCCAGGCUCAGGACGUCAUGCCGUUACACAGCAUGGAGUUGCUACAGGAAUCGCUGACAUUUCACGAUGUGGCCGUGGACUUCAGCUGGGAGGAGUGGCAGCUCCUGGGCCCCGAGCAGAAGGACCUGUACAGGGACGUGAUGUUGGAGACCUACAGCCACCUGGUGUCAGUGGCAGGGUGUCAAGCCAGCAAACCAGACGCGCUCUCCAAGUUGGAACGAGGGGAAGAACCGUGGACAGUACAGCGUGGACGCCACUGUCCAGUCUCUCCAGAAUUCAAGAAAGUUGCUGAUCCUCUGAAUUGUCACUUGCAAAGUCGAAGCCUUCAGAAGAAUCUAGGACUAUGCUGUGAAUAUAAUAUGUUUGCAAAUAUUUUUCAUCAGAGUGAAGGUCAUUUCCUAUUAAAGCAAAAUCAUGGUAUGUUUGACAUGCAUGAAAAACCUUUAAAAUCUAAUUUACAUUUUGAAAACCAAAACAGAAGCUGUCACUUAACUAACUCUGUUGAGUUGAAUGGCAAUGGGACAUGCAUUCUACAUGCUAACAAUGGACAAACUGAAAUGAAAUUGCCUGUCAGUAUGAAAAACAUCAAUAAUGAUUCACCUGUUAAUAAGCAACAGAGAAGUCACAACAUAGAGAAACCCCAUGUGUGCACUGAAUGUGGGAACACCUUCAUGAAGAGGUCUCAGCUCACUGAUCACCAGAGAGUUCAUACUAGGGAGAAACCUUAUGGGUGCAGUCUGUGUGGGAAAGCCUUUGCCAGAAAAUCCAAGCUCACUAAACAUCAGAAAAUUCAUACAAGACUGAAACAAUAUGAAUGCACUGAAUGUGACAAAACCUUCCUCAAGAAAUCACAGUUCAAUAUACAUCAGAAAACUCACCUGGGGGAGAAACCAUAUACCUGUAGUGAAUGUGGGAAAGUGUUCAUAAAAAACUGGCAGCUCAUUUAUCAUCAGCAAACUCAUACAGGGGAGAAACCCCAUGGAUGCAGUCUAUGUGGGAAGUUCUUUUCUACAAAGUCUUAUCUCACUAAACAUCAGAAAACUCAUACAGGAGAGAAACCUUAUAUAUGCAAUGAAUGUGGUAAAGGCUUCAUUGUCAAGUGUCGUCUUAUUGCACAUCGUCGAACUCAUACUGGAGAGAAACCAUUUAUAUGCAAUGAAUGUGGGAAAGGCUUCACCUUGAUGAAUAGUCUUACCACACAUCAGCGAACUCAUACAGGAGAGAAACCCUAUACAUGUAAUGAGUGUGGAAAGGGCUUCACCAGGAAGAGUCUUCUCAUCAAACAUCAGCGAACGCAUACAGGGGAGAAGCAAUAUGUGUGUAGUGUAUGUGGAAAAGGCUUCACCAUAAAGAGCAAUCUCACUGUUCAUCAGCGAACUCAUACUUUAGAGAAACCAUUUAUCUGCAAUCAAUGUGGGAAAGGCUUCACUGGGAAGAGUUAUCUGAUUGUACAUCAGCGAACUCACACAGGAGAGAAGCCCUAUGUAUGCAGUGAAUGUGGAAAAGGCUUCCCAGGAAAGAUGCAGCUCAUUUUACAUCAACGAACUCAUACGGGAGAGAGACCUUAUGUAUGCAGUGAAUGUGGGAAAGGUUUCAAAGCGCACAGUCAUCUCAUCAGACAUCUGCGAACACAUACAACAGAGAAACCGUUUGUUUGUAGUGAAUGUGGAAAAGGCUUUACCAUGAAGACUAAUCUCACUGUGCAUCAGCUAAGUCACACUUCAGAGAAACCGUAUAUGUGCAGUGAAUGUGGGAAAGGCUUUGCUGUGAAGAGUCGUCUUAUUGUACAUCAGGGAAUUCACACAGGAGAGAAACCCUACUUGUGCAAUGUAUGUGGAAAAGGCUUCCCAGCAAAAAGCAAGCAGAUUGCACAUCAACGGAUUCAUACAGGAGAGAAACCUUAUAUAUGUAGUGAAUGUGGGAAGGGCUUCACAGAGAAGUUUAAUCUAAUCAGACAUCAGCGAAAACAUACAGGAGAGAAACCCUUUGUAGUGUAUGUGGAAAAGGCUUCACCAUGAAGAGAAACCCUAUGUAAUGAAUGUAGGGAAGCCUUCAUGAUAAAUUCAGGACUCAAUGAGGAGAGAAGUCGAAUGGGUGCAGCAAUUAUGGGAAAGAUUUUGCCCACUUGUCAAUCCUUGUUAAACAAGAGAAUUUACAGAUAGUUGCUUUGGGGAAAUCCCUUUUUGAGUUCUAGGCCCUCAAGAAGAUAGUAUGCAAUGAAAAUGACUUAAUGCAAAGAACCUGGUACUGUGUUUACUGAUCAAUUAUGUCAUUAUCUCUUGAUAAAAAAUUACAAAAUAACUCAGAUACAAUCAGCCUUGGUGAAAAUAUUUUAGGACAUUAUAUAUCUAAAGAGUGUUUAUUGAGACAAAUCCCAUGAAUGUAACAAAUUGGGAAAUCCUUUUGUGGUAAGUAAACCCUAUCAUAUGUAAUCAUCAGAGGUUAUGAAUUAAUAAAUAUUUCUAAUUAUGGGAAA